AUGAAAGCUCUAAUACUCGUAGGAGGAUAUGGUACAAGACUUCGACCGCUAACGUUGUCAAAACCCAAGCCAUUAGUCGAGUUUUGUAACAAACCAAUGGUAAUGCAUCAAGUUGAAGCCUUAGCUGAGGUGAGUUGGCUAGAUCACGGGAUUUUAAGUGAGUAGCUUAAAUUACCGUCGAAUAUUUCGUUCCACGCUGAUUUUUCAAGGAUGAGAUGCGCAACGAAUAAAAUUAUUCAUCAUAAAUGACACUGAUCUCUUAUUUGAUCGAGUGUUGGGGAAUUUUUCUCAAGUAUAAUUUUGCUUUGAAUAUGGGCCCCUUAGAAUAUUUUUGGAGGGAAUAAUACUUCUCGAGCUAUCGUACUUAUUUUGUGUUCCUUCUUUUCAAUUGAAAGUCGUUAGAAUAUUAUUUGAUUGAAGAGAAAUCACUUCAAGAACCAAAUUCAGGUUAAAUUCCUUAUUCAUUGACAUCAAAAACAAUAGAUACUUUGUUAAAACAUUGUAUCCCUAAAUAAAUCUCUUAUUGGGAUUCUCAGAGAAACAUGCAUUCUGAUUGUGCACUCACUUUCUCUCUGAUUUCUUUCUCAUCUUUGAACUGAAAAUCCUGUGCAAUUUUGUCAUUUAGGUCAACAGUGUAUUCUCAGUUAUAAAAACUGAACAUAUUUACUCUUGAUGAAUAUCAUGUCACUUCUUGUCAUAAUUUUAAUAUAUCGUCCUUCAAACUGGCUCUAUCAGAGAAUUGAACUUCUCCCUAUUAUAUUUAUACAUUAUCCUGCAAACAGGUAUUGAGAAAACUCCAACUUAUCAUGCAAAAGUUGUUAUCUUGAUCUGACACUAAAUUCUCAUAACUGAUUUAUGAAGAAAUGUGUUACAGCUAGAGGGGAGAAUUGAUGAUCAGAUCUUGGGAGUUAAAGGGUUUAAGAGAGGUUUAGACAGUAAUGUCCCUCUGAAGGUUUCAAACAGCUUGUCUGUUUGAAACAAACCUGCUUAUUUCACUACACCAUGCUAAACAAAUUGAAAGCUUUGUGAUAUAUUUACUUCUCAGAGCUGCAUCUUACAUGUAGAUUUGGAGACAGAAGUCCUAUUAUAUACAGCAAAUAUUAUAACCAGGCAUGCAGUCAUGGUGGUCUAACCCAGUUUAAGAUCUCAAAAAACCAACCCCAAUUAAAACUUGCAUUACAGUGAGUUACUCUGUUUUAGAUGCAAGACCCUGGAAACAAUACCUAGUUUGUUCGCCAGAUUUGUAAAGGCCAAAAAGAAGGAGUUUCUUGGCCCCUACAUGAUAUGGACUUAUUGACUGAUUGGAAGGGCUGGAAAGAAAAAUAUUUGGCCAUUAAUCAUUGACCAAGAGCCAAACAUUUUCCAGUCCAGCCCGACUUAACUUAAAAGUAUUGUCUCAUAUCAUAAAUGAAAUCCCCUCUUUGCCUUUUUUUUCUGUUUUGCAACUCACCACCACAUACAUGGGAUAUAGCACUUUUUAUGAUUUUGCUAUUGCUGUCAAAUUGGCUCUAAUGCAGUUUUUUUUUAAUGUUUCUCAAUUAAAGCUUCUGUAUUUUCUUCCUUUUUUUUCUUUUUUACAGCUAGGAAUUACAAUCACAAUUUCACAAGAAAAAGAGCCUUUAGGAACUGGUAAGAUUAACCUGAUAGUGUCCACCAUAUAACAGCUUUCCUUAGUUGUGUACCUACAAAAAAAAUGUUUGCUGAUAUUUUUAAAAUUAGUAGAAAAACAAAAACUGUGACAAAUUAACCACCAAAAACAAAACAAAAGAACUAGUAAACAAAAAACAAAACAAGAAAAAAAUGAAAAAGGGGAAAAAAGGCAGAAAAAAACAAAAAACAAAAAAGAAAAGGCUAGAAAAAAAGGAAAAGAAAAGAAAAACAGAGAAAAAAAUGAAAAGAUAUAGAAAGAAAAAAGAAGAACAGAAAAACAAAGAACCAGUUAACUAAAUGUGCUGUUAAUAUUUUGUGGUCAAACAUCUCUGAGGGUCACUGUAGAGAACUGUUUAUUAAUUUUUUAACUCCCAUGAGUCACAGAUUCAAGACAGAAUUUUUCCUUAUGAUAUCAAUGCAAUAUCAAGCAAACAUGUGAUUAGAAUAAAGAAAAAUAUCUAUUGGUUGAUCCAAUACCAAAUUCCUAACACUAAUUUUGAAAGAAUUGUAUGGCAUACAGUAACAAGAAUUAAUAUUGACAUUGUGGGACUGGAAGGCUUUACAAUCGCUGGUAUCACCUCUGUGAAAUUUCUCUGAAAAUGAAAAUGCAACAAUUUGCAGAAAAUUAAUCAGAAUUUUUUCUUUCAGCUGGUCCCUUGGCUCUAGCUAGAGAUCACCUUACAGUUGACGAGGAGCCUUUCUUUGUGUUAAACAGUGAUGUUGUGUGUGACUUCCCUUUUAAACAAAUGUUAAAAUUCCACCGAGAUCAUGGAAAAGAGGGCACAAUAGUGGUAAGUUCUGAUAUCUGUUUGAAUUUGAACUGUCAGUUUUUUCAUCACAGAAAAGUUAUACUUUGAUUUAAAAGAGAAAAAGAAAUUGUAAGAAAAUUAUUUGUACACACUUGUUGGUGGACUUUUUUGUUGUGUAUUGGUAAGAAAAUUGACCCUUUAACUCCCAUGAGUGACCAAGACUUUUCUCUGUACAAUAUCAAUACAAUGUCAAGCAGAAAAGUGAUGAGAAAAACUUAAAUUAUCAUCCCAAUAGGGACCUUCACUCAGGGAUAAACACUAGUAUAACGGGGUAAUUUAAUAUUAUCAACUGUGUUGAUAGCAUUAAUUGGCCACCAUAAAGAGUUUAAAAGCUGAUGUUUCAAGUGUUAGCCUUUAGUCAUUUGCUCAGAGGAAGGCCUAACUCUUGAAACAUCAGCUUUUUAAAAAAACUCUUUACAGUGGCCAAUUUAAAUUCCCCCACCAACCCAGUGCCACGGUUUCUUUAGAAACUUGCCUCUUUGAUAAAUACCCGUGGUCUUGGGCCACUUGCCUUAUGACUUACCGGUAUUACACUUCAUUUCGCUUUUUUUUUUUUCCCAGAACAUUUCCCCAUUUUUGUUCAGUAUGUGAAUCUUUUAGAGUCUUCAUAUUAAUUCAGUGUAUUAAAGAAUGCCAAAAUUCACUAUGUAUUGGGCAGUUGGAUUAAUUUUAUCUUUCACAAAAACAGGUCACUAAAGUUGAAGAACCUUCCAAAUAUGGUGUGGUUGUUUAUGACGCCAAAACAGGAAGGAUUGACAAGUUUGUGGAAAAGCCACAAGUUUAUGUGUCAAACAAAAUAAAUGCUGGCUUGUACAUAUUUAACCCAAAGAUGUUAUCAAGAAUUGAGGUGAGAUAAUGUGUCUAUAACGCAAACAGAUAUGUCUGAUAUUUCAUCGAAGGGUGGACAGGUGACUGUUAACCCUUUAACUCCCAUGAGUGACCAAAACAGAAUUUCUCCUUACAAUGUCAAUACAAUAUCAACCAGAUUAGUGAUGAGAAUAAAGAAAAAUAUUAAUUUGGGGAUAAUUAGUUGAUCCAAUACUAAAUUCUCUGAACGAACAUUAUAAGAAUUGUAUGGUUGACAGUAAGGAGAAUUACAAAUUUGAUCGGGGAGUGAGAAUAAAGGAAAAUGAUCACCAACUAUAGAAGGUUUUGGUUAUUAAACAAAUUCUCCUGGUCAACACCAUAGGGAUUUAUAGGGAGCAGUAUGGAGAAUAUGCAUACUGAUGUUAGGAUGUAGAGGGUUAAAGCAAAAAAUUAUUUCAGAGGUAGAAAUAUAAAAUAACUUUCAUUCAGAAAGUUGGCUGAUGAUUCAACGAAUCGUAGAAUAUUGUUAAAAAAAAAUCAAAGCACAUCUUCAAUAGGCUUGCAUAGUGCUAAAAUUUGACGCAAGACAUGGUUACUGCUAAUGACAAAGACUGAUGGAAGCAUGUGCUGUGUAUCUGAUUACAUCAGGAAAAUCGCAUUUAACCCUAUAAGUCCCAGAUCAAAUGUGGAAUUCUCCUUGCUGUCAACUAUACAACCCCUAUGAUGGUAGUUCAAAGAAUUUAGUAUUUGAUCAACUAAUUAUGCCCAAAUUGAUAUUUUUCUUUAUUCUCAACACUUAUCUGGUUGAUAUUGUAUUGAUAUUGUUAGGGGAAAUUCUGCUUUGGUCAUUCAUGGGAGUUAGAGGGUUAAAGGCAUGUGAUACAGCAGUUUUUGAAAGAGCGUUGAAAAACCAAAGCCACUUGGCAUUCCCAACAACCACUCAUAACCUAAGUUUAUAAUUAUGGUUACGAGUCAAUGAGAACUCAGACUGCUUGAAACGCAGGAAAAUGCAAUUGACCAAGAUUGGUCGAGAAUUUUGUGCGAGUUUUCUGGACUAAUCACAGAGAAAAAGUUGAGUUUGGUCAAUGUAAUCCUGGAUUGGUUUGGAUACUCUCUUAAAAACUGAUCUAUUAAAAACUUUGUCAGAAUGACAAAACAGGAAUGACAUUUAUUUAGCAUUUUCCACGUAAUCAAUUGGAUGAAUUAAAUGUGGUCUUGAUUUAUUUCCUUUACUCCAUGUAGCUCAGACCAACGUCAAUUGAGAAAGAGAUAUUUCCAAAAAUGGCGCAGGAGGAUGAACUAUUUGCAUUCGACCUUCCAGGUACUUUCAGUGAGCUAUUUUCAAAUGUUGUAAUGAUUGAGUUACAGUCCUUUCUUCCUGUUAACCACUCCAUUAUUCAUGAUCUGCCAGAAAAUAUUUUUUUAAAAUGACAUCUUCAUAAAAUUUCAUCCCUUUCCCCCCCACACCGUCGUCCUCUCGCUCCAUCUCCCCCACCUCUUCCCCCCUUCUCCUUCGUCUAACCCCCCUCCUUCUGUCUUAAAUUCUGAGUAACAUUUUCGUCUUGACAGGUUUUUGGAUGGAUGUAGGUCAACCUAAAGAUUUCCUGAUUGGAAUGGGAUUGUUCCUCCACUUCUUGCGAGAAAAACACCCAAACCGUCUGCAUGAAGGACCAGGAAUUAUUGGUAAUGUCUUAGUGGUGAGUUAUCUUGUGAUGUUUCCAUCCUCUUCUGAUUACUUUUGAAGCCGUUAUUCUCUAUAUUAACCCUUUAACUCCCAAGAUCUGAUUGUUAAUUCUCCCCUCUAGCUGCUCCACAUUUCCUUGUAAAUUAGUUUUGAGAGUUGGCGUUAAAUCAGGAAAAAAAUUCUACCUGAUACGUUUGAGUUCUCUCAUCGCCUGUUUAUUAAAUAUUGUAGGGAGAAGUUUCAUGUUAAACACUUCUGGGAGGUAGCGCGUUUAAGAGUCUUGUUCUUUGAUUUCUCUGUUUGGUUCAGGAUCCCACUGCUAAAAUAGGAGACGGCUGCCGAAUAGGACCAAAUGUAGUCAUUGGACCAGGGGCUGUCAUUCAGGAUGGUAGGAAAUUUUUCAUACAGUAAUAGGCAAAUUUUUGCACACAAGCAGUCGCACCGUGCGACAUUCUCGGAGAAAGGAGUUGAAAAGUAUCGCGUGACACCACAUGACUGCGUGAUAAAACUGCAUGGCUGCAGGGGCCAGUGAUUCUCUUUUAGAUUUGGGUAGUUUGACUUUUAAGCCAGGUUCAUGAGAAUAACUUCAAGAUGUACUGGAAUUUUACGGUACAACGAUAUCAAAAAUAAUGACAGAGACGAUAAAAACUUAUCAAAAUUGAAACGACACGAAUGACUUGAUUUUUCAAGGGUUAUACAAAUUUCAUGUGCCCUAACUGUGCUACUUUCAAUCGGUAAACUUCGUCAACCGCCAUAGGCAAUUGCACUUCUUUUACGUAAAGCUUCACUUACCCCUAACCUAACUAAAUAUCUCGUUUAACUUCAUGUCAGGAGCGUGUCUUUCACGUUGCACUAUUCUCCAAGAAGCUGUCAUUAGAUCACACUCAUGGAUUCACUCCGCCAUUAUCGGCUGGAAAUCAGUUGUAGGACAAUGGGUAGGUUUUAAAUGAUAUGUUGACACAUUUGCUGAUCAGGAAACGAACUUUAAAAGAAAACUGGUGUUGGGGAGGUAAAAAGCUGUAGAAAUCUUUGUCUGACUGGCGAAAGUAAUCCAGAAUUACAUUAGCGUUGAUUUAUAUCGCCCUACGAUUCGUCCAUUGCAAACCAAUCAGGGCAAACAAAAACCAAAAAAACAAAGCUGACUCCGGUUACCACGUUUUCUACUUCAGUGGUUUGCCUGUUUUCCAAUCUUCCUCUCAUUGUGCUUGAUUUUUCUUCUGUUUUGAUUGGUCGUUAUGGUUUUUUCGGUUCUGUCUUGACUAUAGUGCCCUGAAAAGGUUACCGUUCGCCCAACCCCUAAAUCAGUAUGCAUAUUCUCCAUCUGUUCUAUACAUUUCUAAGGCGCUGUAGGGAUAAUUUGUUGAAUCAAUAGCUUUUUCAGUGGUGAUCGUUUUCUUCAUUCUCAUUGACGUAAUGUGUGAUUUCGAGGAUGAUAUCGUAAAGAGAAUUAGAUGUCUCCUCUUCAAAAAUUAUCACACUCUGCCAGCCUUUCAGGAAUGAUAGUAGUCAAGUUAUAUUUUUUUCUAUUAUGAGUUUGCAUGUGAUGACCUUCUCACUUAUGUCUUGUUGUGAGUUCGUAUGGAAGGGUAUCAGUACUUGGAAGACAAUUAUAGUUAAAGACGAGGUGUAUAUAUCAAUGGCGGACAGAUUACUACAAAUCAUCUCAGACUCUCACAGACCUUAA